GAGUAGUUUUUUUAAUCGUUUCGCUUUCAAGUCGAUGAUCGGUGGUGUGUGUUUUUGUAAGGAAUAUUAUUAAAUUUUUAUACUAUAGUUUCUGCUUAGCCAUAGCCUGGUAGGUGUAUUUAUCAUUUAAUUUGUAGCCGCUGAAGCAAACGCGUAUAAAGCUGGAACGUAGCUGGAUGAAUAAUAAUGAUCAAAUUUACUAUAGAAAUUUUGCCCCAAACGCAGGCUUAGGAAAAACAAGGAGUGCACCAGUAAGGAGUGAAAUGGUUCACGGUAACGUUAAAACUCAGGACAGUGAUUAGUAGUUUUUUCAAAGUAUCAGGAGUUUGAAGAAAUGUUAGGAACCUAAAACGUAUAAGAACUUGAGGGUUUCAGCUCAAGCACGUAAUAGAUGAAAACUUUUUGCAGUGCGAUAGUAUUCUGACUACUAUGUGAACUAUUUCCAAUCAGUGUUCUUAUUAGUAUUGGAACAUAACUGCGGUGUGAUUAGAAAUUAUUAAAACAUAAUUUGUGUGAUAAGUGAUUACGCAGGCAAAAUAAAUGGGAGUGUUAGUUUCCGAAAUGCUACUGCUGAUUAGCGCUUUGUUGCUGCUGAUAGCAACCAACCGGGUUUCGGCAACUACUUAUAGCAUCAAUUUGACAACCUCCGGCUCGGUCGUACUGGGAGGAACUGUAGAGUUUCAUGCCGUACUGUUGACCGAUGGAAAACCAGUGGAGGAUCAAUAUGAAAUCAUUUGGUCUGACAAUUUGAAUCCACCAAACACUCAAAAGGGUGAACUCAGAACGCCCAACUGCAGUUGGACCAUUACAUACCGGAACAACGUAAAUGCAGGCAAUUAUCAGGCUACUGUUAUCUAUCGGCGGUUCUAUAUCAUCACCUAUUUUGAAGCGGCCCGCAAAACCAUUGAUUUCAACUUGACAAGUCUUCUCAACGGGCAGAUGCGACUAACUCAGAAUCAGUCUGUCGUUGAUACGGAUUACGUGUCAAGUUCACUGGUGUUGAAUCAAACAGUCACGUUAACCGAAAGCGAUGCACUGGUGCUAGCAAAGGCUACCUACGUCCGAACUUAUUGGUUCAUCAACUGUCAAUAUCUAGGCCCAUCGGAUGAGUUUACCAGGUUGAGCAAUUUCACAAAGGAAAAUGAGGAGUACACUAUUGAGGCACUGGUGGUGGCGUCGUUCGAUAAGCUUCCAGAACCAACAACGACUACUACUACUACAACAACUACUACAACAACCACUACAACUACAACAACAACUACUACAACGCCGCCUACUACGACGAGUUCGACUACUCCAUCAACUACUACGUCGACGACUACAACAAACGCACCAUCCAAUGAUACAACAACCCUGUCGACAACCAGUACCUCUACUACAACACCGGCUAUUACUACAACUUCUGUCAACCCGGUGAAUGCUAACGACAAGAGACGUCGGCGACAAGCAGACUCCUUUGGCGAUGUACUUGCCAGCGUCAGUCCGGUGCUGCUUGGUAUGGUUGAUACUCAAAAUAUAAUAAACGGUGAACGAAUUCCAGAUCAUCUCCUGGAUCAGGUCGAGGACGACCAGGUUGUAGUUAGUCACAUUAUUAAAAAGGCAGAUCCCAAGUUUAACAUCGAAGACUCCCGGCAGCCAUUUGUGUGCGGCAACAGCUCGAUGGUUCCUCCAGAUCCGAAAAAGACCUACGGUCAUUUUGUGAGACGCAUAGUUGUACAAAAUCCCAUCACCAACCUCAACAUCUCCGGACCACAGUGGGUUCAACAGGGUGACAUGGUUGAUCUAAAGUUUCAGUGUUCCGGUUCGCCGCCCUUCAAAUUUUGCUAUAAUGUCAAUCUAGGUCAACAUAACAUCACGGCCAACGAAACGUGCCACGAGGAUUGGCUCACCAACAUGGAUCGCUGUAAGUUCCGCUUCCAUCGUUACUUCUUUACUAACGAGCAGCGUUCAUUGGUGAUCUUCCUGAAGAAUCGCGUUUCUGUACACAUCACCCAAGUCGGGCUGCAAUUUUACGAGAAUAAGCCAAAAUCUCAAUUAUCGGUAAUCGUGGUCCCGAUUGGAUUUUGUCUGCUGGCGGUCAUUCUGGUGGUGUUCGGUGUAGCCUACUACAUCCAAAAUCGGGAACGCUUCAUCGUGGAAGUAGCCGAUUUUAACUUUGGUGACACGAACUCGUUGGAUGACGAUAUGGAGUAUAAGACAUUCCAACAGCGGCUGCUUGACAGCUUGCGGGACUCCAUUAGGCUGCCCCGGUUUCGCCUUGGGUCGGGCGGCGCCAACCACGAUGGAGACGACAUGUCCUCAUCGACAGUAGGCGAGAGUUCACUGCGGUACGGCUCGAUGACCUAAGGAUUUAUAGUUUAGGUUUGUUUUCCCUGGUCCCCGCGUACUGCCUCUGACUAAGAAGAGAGGAAUUUCGUUUCGUCACUUAAUAUAAUAUUCAUUUAAAGUUUUCAAUCCGCCCCAAUUGUGUAGUAAAAUAACCUCAGGUUCAUUAGAAAACGUCAGUUUCAAUUAGCAGUAUUCAUAACCUGUUCAUGUUCAGAUCACGCCCGCACAAAGCACCUUUUUUGUGAUGCGUAUUAUUUGCAUACACAGAGUUUUUUGUGAAGUCUGCGGAAUACAUUCCGUCAAACUUUUAUUCCAUUUGUGUAAAAUUCCAGCAUUGCAGGAAAUCGAGAUGAUGAAUCGUCGUUUGAACACAUGAAACUAUUAAAUCAGAAACAUUGCUGAAUCCCAAGUCUGCCGAGCUACCACACCUAACCAGCAAGGAACUUUUGUUUAUCUACUUUCGAAUCAUGAUUAUAUAUAGUGAUAUUUAGAUCAUAAAGACUGUUUUCAAAAAUUAAAAAGAAGCUAUGGAAAUUCCAGACUAUCCAAAACCUAAGAAUUCAUGAAACGUGAACUACUUCGUGAUCUGAUGAAUCUUUUUCCUCCAUUGAAUUAUUUUGUUUACCUUAUUAAACUUUAUAUGUUAUAUGUUACAAAAAUGUGAUACCCGAGGAAUGAUGCAUGCGUUUUUUAUAUAUUUUUUUAAAUCAUACAAAUUCAGACCAGAAAUGAUCAAACGUUCUGUUCAAAUUUUGCGUUAUCAAACAAAUUAAAACUAAUCAAACCAGCACAGAGGUGUGAUUAUAAGUGUAUAUAGUACUAUAUUAUAGAUACAAUCAAUUAAAGUUAACUUUAGGACUUACUAAUACGAUCUUGCUGCUUGCAAAUUACAAGUGCAGUAGGUGACAAAAAGAUACGAAUCGGUGAUCUUUUACAAAUCAAAGCGGUUGAGUUUAUUCGCGAUAAUGUUGGAAACAUACUAUGCUAUAUAGAUAUUUGAUGGCUUCUGGGAUCGCUACAGUAGAAAGUAGAUGUUUGCAAAAGCCCGAGUUACAGUGAAUAUUAUGGCAUGACCAAGAAUAGAGCUACGAGAGCACAGUUUCGUUGGUAAAACUUAUACGCUAACAUCAGAAUAUACAAAAUGAUAAAA